CGCCAAAUGGUCAUAUGUGGAACACGUCACAAAUCUCCGAUGACGUAACAAUAUUCAAGAUGGCGUCUAAUGUUCUACCGCCGAAUCACAAAUGAAGUAUUGAGAACAAUGAAAGUGUCAACUCUUCUUGUCUUCUGUCUGUCAUGUGUUGCUUCUGCGACCAUCUUGUGUCCACCAGCGUGUGACCCCCCUAACCAUGUCACUGGCUGCCAGGCUUAUCAGAAGAACAAAGAAUGCAAAAGUGGCAUGCGGGAUGUGAGCAUAUCGGUUGCCAGCUGCGGAUGCCUCUGGGAGUCACACAUACAGCUGGUGGAACCAGAGUCCAAAGUAGUGUUUACUGAUGCCGGGAACCAGUGCUAUAAAUGGGCAGCCAAAGUCUGUGCUAUUUUAGAGAAACAGGAAAGUGUCAGCAUAGUAAAACCUAUUGCGGAGCUUUUACGACGAGUGAAAAAACUAGAAUACGCUGGGGAAGUUGCUCUUGAAAAAGAGAUAGCCAAAAGUCGUCGAAGAACUGGUGUGACCUUACCACCAUUGCCUUUCAUUACUGAAAAGCCUCUACCAAAACCUGUUAAGAAAGAAGUUAGCAUUAUAGGGGAGAUUAAUCGGGAAAACCCUGUACCAAAACCUGUUGAGAAAGGUGUUAGCUUUAUAGGGAAACAUAGCCGUGGGGCUGCAUCUGAGUGGGUGGAGGUAGAGAGGGAAAAAAAGAACAGUGUUUCUUCUCCAUGGGUGCAGGUAAUGAGGGAAAAAGCCAAUAACUCUCCUACAGGCACAGCAAUCAAAACCAGUGAGGCAAUCAAAACCAGUGAGACAGGAAAAAAUAAGACCUUGGGAUUUUUUGUCUUUCAACACUGGUUCAACAUACAAAUGCAAGAUGACCAGUUUAAGCUGAUUGUGUUCAUGGUGGUACUACUGCUUAACAUCCUGGUUGUGAUUGGAAUGGUGAUAUGUAGGAAUCCAAGCAAAGCACGGAAAGCAAAGGAGCCCAAACAGUGCGGAGAUUUGGACUUGAGCACAUAUAGACCAAAGAAACCGGAUGAGACACGCAAGAAUUUUUUUGAGAAACUAAACUGGCUUCCUAAAUGGAAACAGCAAUCUGGUAUGCCUGGUAUACCUUACCUUCCAAUGGAAAAUGGCAAUGUGAAUAGGCUAUGGAAGCCUGAAGAAAAAUAUUCACAGACAUCAUCCACCUUUUUGCCGGUACUACGUCCUCAAAUGGUUCAGCCCUGCGACUCCCUCCAGAAGCACUACGAGACUCAAGAGGACUCCUAUUUGGAACACACAUAUGAGGAACCCAUGUCAGUGGCCCCUAGCCGACCUCCCUCGUGUAGGGAAACGGGCUUGCAGCAUAGCUCAUUGCAGGAACUUUCCUGCAUGGCAUGCAGUUUUGAGACAGAGAGUGACGAUUACUCGUCGCCCACUAAAUAUUUCCCGAGAAGCACAGAGGAACCUCACAAUGUCUCGAGACACAUGGAAGAACCUCGUACGGUCUCGUUUGCGCUGCCACAGGGUACCUACCUAACCAUUCAGGAUAGAGUGGAUAGUUGCCAGUCCUCGCAAACGACAGAAAAAGAAAGGACUCCACAUGGUGGGGAAAAAAGUGGCGGACAAUAAGAGGCAGCCAAUAAAAACAUGAACUUAGCAAUGAAUGUGAAGGACAAAAACAUGUGUUAAUUAUAAAAUGAGAUUUCAUUGCCUGUUAACAACAAUAUAAACUAAGUUGUAAUGGUUGGUGAAUUAUUUAUUUCCAUGUUAGUUUGGGAACUUAUUUUGUCGUGUUGAUCCAUUUAUUUAAUAUAACUAGUCUGUGUUAUCUGAUUUUUUUUCUAAGUUAUUAAUUAAUAAGCAAACCUAGUUUUUCAAGUGUAGUACUCAUGACUCUUUAAAAAAAAAUAUCUUAUUCUGUGUUUAUGAAUUGUAAAAGAAGACUUCUUACCAAGUUUUUUUUUAUGUUGUAAAAUAUAUGAUUCAUUAUUUAGUUAAACAGUUCUAGUUUUACCUGUUGCUCAACAAUGUUGAUGAUGUUGUUUUCAUGUGCUGUUUUACUUAAAUGAUUAUAUUUACCAUGUUAAGAAAUAUUAUUUAUUAAAUAUUACGGUUGUG